UUCCCACCACACCACCCUUCCCCUGGUAGGUAUUGCACUCUCAGUCUCGACAUAUUGAUGUUAGGAUGGCCUGCAUAGAUUAUCUUCGGAAAAACAGAGAGAAAUUUGAAGCGUUCAUAGAGGGAUCAUUUGAAGACUAUUUAAAAUGUUUGGAAAAUCCACAGGAGUGGGUUGGACAAGUGGAAAUAAGUGCCCUAUCUCUUAUGUACAAAAAGGAUAUCAUAAUCUAUCAGGAACCAAAUGCUGCCCCUUCAUGUGUAACUGAAAAUGGCUUUCCUGACAAGGUAUUGCUGUGUUUUUCAAAUGGAAAUCACUAUGACGUUGUUUACCCAAUAGAAUAUGCAGAAAAGGCUGCUCUCUGCCAGUCUGUUCUUUAUGAAUUACUUUAUGAUAAAGUACUUGGUACUGAUGUGAAUAAGAUCCUAGAGGAACUACAUGCUCCUGAUGUGACAGAAGAAAGUAAUGGCAGCAGUGAAAUAUCUUCUGAAUCUGAAGCAGAUGAUAACUACAAAAGUAAGACUGCCGCAGUUAGUGGUAUGAAUGGAUUAAAGUCUCGUUCUGGCAGCAAGCACCUUAAGGCCAGUGGAAAUCCCACCUCAUCUACAUUGCCUAGAAAAGUUGUCAAAUCGCUCAACCCAUCAGUUUAUAGAAAUGUUGAAUAUGAAGUUUGGCAGCAGUCCAAACGGGAUCAGCAAAAACGAGAUUUUUCCAUUGCUGCUGGCAUGCAAUAUUCAGUUGGAGAUAAAUGUAAAGUGCGCUUAGAUCACAAUGGAAAACUUUAUAAUGCCCAUAUCCAAGAAGUUUGCUCUGAGAAUGGACCUGUUGUUGUAUUUGUGGAAGAGCUUGGAGCAAAGCAUUCUGUGUCACUGAAGAACCUUAAACCUCUUCCACAAGCAUCCCCCAUGGAGGCCUGGAACACUGUGUCAGGGAAGAAGAUAAAGAAGUUCCCUUCAACUUGUGGUCAGAAUGUUCAGCCUGAUGCAGACUGCAGAGGGCCAAAGAAUCAAAAUAAGCCAAUAAAAACCCAGUCAGUUCUACCUCCUCGACUUCAGCAUGCUGUGGGAAGCAGACAGCAUCAGUUCUCAAAUUCUGGGCCACAGUCUCAGCAGACCUCUACAGAGCAGAAAACUCUGGGCUCCCGGAGUCCUUCCCAGGCUGUAAGAAAAGCAGACCGUGAGAGAACUGAAGACUUGGAUUAUGCUAGCAGAGAUUGUAACUACUUUGGCCUGUCUCCAGAGGAACGUAGAGAAAAACAGGCUAUAGAAGAAUCUCGUUCACUUUAUGAGAUUCAGCAGAGGGAUGAGCAGGCUUUUCCUGCUUUAUCUAAUCAGUCUGCUACACAGACUGCUGAUACUUUCAACCAGAAAAAGUUCCCAGUUGUCAGUGAGGGAAGAAACAGCAAGUGGGGAUCAGAUGUAGAAGAGCGGAAGGAUAAAGACUCCGAAUCCAGGCAGAUGCGCUUAAAUCAGAAGCUUGAGCCAAAUUCAUCUGAGAGGAAUGGUGGAGAUGACAGAUAUCCAGAAGCAUCACCUCCUUUAGAACAAGCAAAGACACAAUCUCUGUCUCCAGCAGAACAAAGACUAACAGAACACUUACCAUGUGUAAAUCCAGCUGCCUCUCCCGUCUUCUCUGAGGUGCAUUUGCCUCCCACAGUGCCUUCUCUUCCAGCCAUUGUGCCAGCUUGGCCAAAUGAGCCAACAACUUAUGGGCCAACAGGUAUUCCAGGCCAAAUGCCUGUUUCGUCAUUGAUGCCGCCUCCGACAACGGGGCCCGAUUCCGUUGUAUCCCAGGCUCAGGUAACAUCUGCUCCAGUUGCCGGAGUUCCUGUGUCUGUACAAGCGGUUAACCAGCCUUUAAUGCCUUUGCCUCAGACACUGAAUCCUUAUCAGGACCCACUGUACCCUGGAUUCCCUUUUAAUGAAAAGGGAGAGAGAGCCAUUGCACCACCUUACUCCCUAUGCAGUACUGGAGAUGAUCUGCCUAAGGAUAAAAGUAUUCUUCGAUUUUUCUUCAAUCUUGGUAUAAAGGCAUACAGCUGUCCCAUGUGGGCACCACAUUCUUAUUUGUACCCUCUGCACCAGGCCUACGUAGCUGCUUGUAGAAUGUACCCAAAUGUUUCAGUUCCUGUAUAUCCACACAACCCUUGGUUCCAGGAGACCCUGCUGACUCCAAAUGAAAGUGAAACUGCACAAACAAACAGGCACUUUCCUGUGCAGAGUGAGGCCAGAUGUAAUGGUCAGAGUUCACAGGUUGACAAUAGGUCUCCAUCACUGCCUCUGCUUAUAUCUACAGCUCAGGUUUCAGAAAGUCAAGGACCAGUCUGUGUAGAGUCUGAAAAUCCAGUGCAAGGUCUUCAUACUGAUUAUGAUGAUUCACUGAGAGGGAAAAAUAUGUUCCCACAACCACCCUUUGGACACAGUCAGUUUCUAGGAGCUGUUCCAAUAGCUCCUCCUUUCUUUCCUCAUUUUUGGUAUGGGUACCCGUUUCAGGGUUUUAUUGAAAAUUCAGUGGUGAGACCUAACGUUGUCAUGUCACCUGAGGACAAGGGGGCAACUGCUACCACCUCAGAAAACUUAUAUUUGGCUAAAGAAGGCAGUUCCCCAGUUCCUGUAACAAGUUUUGUGGAGCAGGUACAGAAGACUAAAAGUGACAGUAGCUCCAAUACUGUGCCACCCCCUGUGGCUAGUGUGCACAGUGAAUGUGAUAUCUUGAAUGAAACCUCAGCCAGGGUGCCUAAGAUGGAGCAGAUAUGUACUACUGCUUCUGCUGAACAAGCAAAGGCUGGAUUACCAAACCGGUCUCCACAAAUACAGGGUGUUGAGAGACAGACAAUGAUGUCAAGUGCUUCACCAUCGUUAUCGGAGCCAUCAAAAAAUGAACUGAAAAGUACCCUUCCCAGUCGUAAGGAAAAAGCAGACAAAGCCAGAGAUCCCAAGACUGCGGGUAAUGUACAGACCAGUUCUGGAGAAAGUAGGGCCCAGAGAACAAAAGAAGAGAGCUCUGAAGAUGAACGUGAAGUGUCCGAUAUGCUGAGAAGUGGCAGACCGAAGCAAUUUUAUAGUCAGACCUAUGGAGGUGGCAGGAGGCCUAGAAAUGAAUGGGGCUAUCCUAGCAGGGGAGGAUACCAAUAUCCAAGAGGUGAGGAAGCCUGGAAAGGACCACCCAGCAGAGGCAGAGAUGAAGGUUACCAGUAUCAUCGAAACUUUAGAGGGAGGCCAUAUAGGAAUGAUAAAAGGAGGGCAACCCUGGGAGAUGGUCAGAGGGGACAUCAAACAUAGGAAUGCUUACUGGGAUGUUUAUAGGAAUAGGAAUGUUUAUUGGACAGCUUCAGAUGCAAAAACUAGUUUGAAGUAGAGAUUUCUAAAUCUUCCCAAGUGUGCGGUGAGUUGUUUUUUUUGGGGGUGCGGGGGUUAGUUUUGUUUUUAAGUUAAGGGUACGCUGGAAGUGAGGCCUAGGGGGAAACAAACUCUGAACAUCUAGUUUCUUAGCAACUUGAAGUUUGUUUUGGUUUAGAAUUUUUUCCAAGUAUCUGAAAAGUAGAGAAUAAGGCUAUUAUUUAAACUAUAAAAACAGUAUAGGUUUAGCAUUGAACUCUUUCCCCUGCCCCCAAAGGUUUGAGUUUGUGAUACAGUAAGAUGGUUUAAAAUAUUUAGUAGAUUGACAGAAAUAGAGCAUUUGACAUGACCUAGAGUCUAAAUUGAUUAGCAACAUUGCACCAAAUAUAAAUGUGUAUUUUAUCAUAAAAUGCCUUAGUUUUAAACUGAGCUAAAGGAAUUCUCAGCCUACCGCACUGUUGUCUUUGACAUGCUUCCAACCCAAAGGCCUUUCAUCUCAAAAUCUGUCAAACUUGAAUGUUUUCUCUUUAAUGCGUUACAUGUAUGGCAGCCAGCUAACCUUGUGUCUUAGGUAUGUUGUAUAUAGUUCUUUUAAUAUUCAUAGGGUAUAUUUUUGAAUUUUAAAAAGCAUUUGUUGAAAUCAAAAUAGAAGUAAGCAGUCAAGAGUAGCUGUGUGUGAAUUGAUAGGAAAUUCAAUGGAAUGGCUGUUUCCACCAAGAAUUCGUAAUGCUGGUGUGACUAGAAUGGUGCCUAUGCCAACAAACUAAUUACAAAGACAAUAAAAAUGUAGAUGCUAUGCAUUUCCAAAAUAAUUCUGCAUCUGUUAAUAGCAGAAGGUUUUUUUUUAUGCCACUUUAACACUAAUGCACUGACAAAUCCUAAUAUUUUGAGAGAUGCAUAAAAUACGUUACCUUUUUUUAAGUUUGUAUUAAAUGCUACUGUUCAGCUUUUUGUUCUUGUUGUUGCACUAUGAUGCAAAUCUGUUAUGCUUUGCAUGUACAACUCAUUGCUGGAACUACUUUUUAAAACAAGAUAGGUGUACUUUCACAAUAUAUAUAUAUAUAUUCCCUAGAGUUUAGAAGAAAGUGGCUUUUGCCUUAUAUUUUUUCACUGUGUGUCAAAAUUCUGAUUGCUGUGUCUUCAGACCCCUAAAGAUGAUGAUGGCUGCAGUGUUUCUGAUCGUGUUUGCUGUUUGGAAUUCAGCUAUCCAAACGCAGACAGUGCAGUGUGCACAAUAUCCACUCAGCUCUGUUGCUUUGUAUAAUUAACCAUUGUGUAUAUUUUUAUAUCUCUGUAUAUACCAGUGUAUAAGGUGAUGGUGCCCUUUUAUUCAUGUCUGAGAUUGCAUACCUUUGAUCAGGAAACUUGAGUGAUAGCUGUGACAAAGUAAUUCUUUUCAGAUGCAUGCCAUGUAUAAAACACCCAAUUAAAAAUAAAUGUUUUUCCUUUCACUUUCUUUCUAAAUUAUAUAUUUUUAACCACUGGUGUAAUAACAUUUGUCAGAUUAGUCUUCUGGUUCUGUUGCUAACUACUAAUGGUAUGUAUCAGCAGAAUUUAGUGGAUUGCCAUUGUAUUGUCAGCUGCUGAGUUCUGCUACAAAGCUGAACUCAUGAAGUGACCACUGAACAGCAAUUAGCGUUUAGGCACUUCGCAAAAUAAUAUAUGCAAAUUAGCAUUCAUAGUGAUUUCUAAGGGUUGUUCUCUUUUUACCUGAAAAAGACCAACCUAUUUGAGUGGAAAAAAAAUUCUUUUUGGAAUGAAAUUUAGUCUUACCCUGUAGAGUUGCUGUUGAGAACUAACAUGCUGAAAGGGUAUAUACUAACUAUGCUUUUAAACUUUAUUCACAUUCAGUGAUUAUGGGUUGAGGCUUAAUGAAUAAGGCUAAGGAAGCUUCUCUUCAUAUUCUGUAGCUAUUUUGCUCUUUAGACUGCUAUGCUGUGAGCCCUAUCCAAUGUCAUGGUAGUUUUUCCUGCACAUUGAAUGGGCAUUAGACUAAACAUUUCCUCAUCUAGGUUUUAUGGACUGCUAUUCUUUAUCUCAAGUCAGAAAGUGCUCUUUCUAGACUUUUUCCUCAGGGAAUGAUGAAAACAGGAGCAUGUUGGUAAAUUGUGAAGUGUACUGCUAUGUGGUUUUUGUUCUUUUUUUUUCCCCUUUCAAAGGUGACCUGCAAAAGACUGAGCCUGUCCCUUACUUUGCUAAUCAUCUAAGAUGGUUUGACAUCUGAAAUGUGUGAUAGUUGGAGGCUUUCCCCACCCCUGACCUUGCUUCUCUUUUUUUCCCAUUAUUUGGAAGGGUUGGGGGGAGGGUUAAGGCCGGUCUACUCUUGUCUAGUUGGAAGACUUGAGGAAAGGAAGGUCUAAGAUUGCUUGCCAGCUCUACUGUCCUGGUUGAUCAUGGUUUUCAAGCAGAUGAAUCCGAUUAGUCAAGAUGGCUACUCUGAAUGUUUAGCAUGUGCUUUAGGCACCUUGUUGAAUGCAGGCAUAUCAGCUUAAUCAAAGAUACAAGGGAAGUGAAACCUUGUCAUGUCUCACUUAAAAUUUUGCCAUCAAAAUAAAUAGGAAUUAACAAACAGAAAGCCCAGAGUUGAAGUCUAAAAAUUCUUUCCUCGGCUUUCACCCUUGACUCUGAUACCUUCCAGGUUUUUGUCUCUUAAAACCUGGUCUGUAUUGGCAAGUCUUAGACAUGUUAGGAGUGCAGUUUUCAUGCUUCUGACAGUCAUCUUGGCAGAAGGCCUGGCAUGGGUAAUUCAGUUUAUACCAACAAUAGGUUGCCCAUAUGUCAUUUGAAGCUAUAUGAGCAAGUGCUCACUGUAUACACCCAGCCUGACAGGUGUUUCUCUAAACUUAUUUCUAACUGAAAAACCAAACUGGAAUAAAAAUAUUCAUAUCCUUAAGGACUCCAAGAAAAGGGGAGCAAGCUCUAUUGUCUUUGCAGGUUGCAUUUGAUAGCCUUUCCGUAUGCAGGUAGUAACAGCAGGUAAAUGUUCACCAAAGGAGAUGCUGAACUCUUACUUACUUUAAAGGUAUAAAUAUAGCUGAAAAGCUACUUUGUGUGGACUACCAUGGGUCAGUAACUUUCCAAGUUGGCUUUUUUUUUUGUUCUGGUGUCUGAAAGUUGAUUUGUAUGCUGAGACACUUUAGAAAUAGCAUUUUCAGUUAAAGACCUUGAUAAAAAGUUAAUGUUGAGGUUGCUACCUUCUCAUCUUUUUUGGCUUUAUUUUGUAUAAAAACACUGAAAUUAGAAUAGACUUAUUUUGGCGUUUUUAAAGAGGGAGGCCAUGUGGUGCACAGUAGGGCAUAAGACCUGGGAAACAACAUUGUCUAUUGUCUAGUAACUUGACUGCAGGUUCUCCAUCUACAAAACAUACUUUUUAAAGCUGCAGGUGAAAGUACUUUUAAGUAUUUCUUCAAGGAAUUGGCUUCAAUAUCAGAGGAAGUUUGACUUAAUGUGGACAAGAACAAUUAUCUUAAAUGUCACCUAAUCAGAAAGCCUUAAGUAUAACUUCCAAAUAAUUGCUUUUUUUUCUUGACCAAAGGGUGGGAGUCUGUUCCUAAACAAAGACUUGCAUAGCUUGAAUUGCUUUCUUGCUUUGAUCUUCAUUUUGUGCCUUUUCUUCUCUUAGUACUACUGUAUUUCAUUGCUAAUAGGCCCAUGCUUCUGGGGACAAUCUACUCUUUCAGUGCACGUCUCCCUUGAGCACAACAGGUUAUUUAAACUCUACAGCUAGCUUCCUGUAGGAGCCAAGGCCUAUACACUCUCAUGUCAUGUGGUACAAUGCACAGUUUAAUCUCUAAAUAUUUUCCUGCCCAGCAGGUGCUUUCUACUAUGUCCUAUUCUCAUUGUCCCCAUCUUGCUUUGAAUUCCUACUGUUGCUAACACUGCAGCUGCAGCAAUGCUAGAAUCCCGAAUUUAGACCAUCCUGUCCUGGCAGCCAUAACUGGCAUUCUGUUGCAGCUAUCUUCUUCAUUACAUAUUUCUGUUAAUUCCUUCUCUUUUCACUGGUUUACUUGAUAAAGUAUUUUCUUGUGUAAACCAACAAUUGAUAGUUGGAUAAAAACGAGUGUCAACUUAAAGCAAGCUCAACAAAAUUGGCUGAAAACAGUUCAGAAAUUACUUUAGCUAAUUGAAAACUUAAGCAAUGAACUUCAACAGAAUAUUUUAGCAGCUGUCUUCAGUUCUUAAAGGUUACUAUUUUUCCUUUUGGUUAAGGCAACCUGUACUGGUCAAGUUAGUGGACGUAUGGUCUAUUAAUAUCUGUCCUGAGUUUGUUUCAGGGGUGAGCCACUACGUACCUAAAGCCUAACUGCUUGCUUUUCCCUUGUCCAAGCAAGUCAAGCAAUGUAUAAGCAAAGUCUUUCAAUUCAGUGUAUCUCACUUAUUUUUUUAUCUAGCUAGAUACAGCUUGUUUUAACACCUUUCCCUCUGACCCCACACACAAUUCUGGAACAGCCUGCAAGACAGGCCUUUAAAGACACUGAGCCUCCUCAGCUCACAUUUAAGCCAGGAGGCAUUCCAUACCUCGCACAAUGGCACCGUAACACUUUGAGCAAUAUAUACAUGGUAUUGUAGGAGAGACGUGCAUGUCCUAAUGCUGCAAACACCAUUUUUGGUUGAAAUUACUUGAAUGACAGAACUUGGCAAUGUUAAAUCUGGCCUCACACUGAGUACAGUUGAUGAAUAUGUGAAGUUAUGUGUAACAAUACACCUCUUGAAAGGUCUGAAAUUAUGCUAUCAUAUCACUUUUGUAUAUAUUAUAUUCAAUGGUCUUUUUCUAUGUUCUAUAUUUUUUUGUAGCCAAGAAAAGUGUUUUGAAAGUAUCUGAAUGUAUAAAAUAUUUAAUGCCUUUAUGGUGUGAUGCUGCAUUGUGUAUAUAAAAAAAAAUAUUAAAACAUUUCGUCUUUAA